AUGCGGAUGGAUGCUGCUGAAGUUAAAUCAGGGGAUUACCCACCAAGACUUUACCCUGAAGGGUCUUCUAACCUAGAUGGACUUGAUGUGUGGGAAGAACCGGUAAACUCUCCCAUUGGAGUAGUUGCUAUGCUAGCUGAACGCGAAAGCAUAUGGUUUGGUAGGACCGUGCACUAUCUACUGUGUAGACAGCUGCGAGUUAUAAAGAAGGAGAUAUGGUGUCUCGUGGUUGAUGAGGCUAUCAGGCGUAGCUUGCUCGAGUUUGGUGAGAUCAUUGGGCUAAACACAGCGCAAGUGGUUGGGGCUGCUACUUCUUCAAGCCAUGAGAGUCUAUUGUUUGCAUCACAAUUCAAGGAUACCCUUUCAAAGUGCAAUAAGGAUGGAGGUUCAUACACAAUAAGCGGCAUGAAGGACGCGUUAUUGAUUUGGGCUUAUGAAUCCGUCACAUGCUUCGGUGAGAGUUUUGGGAGAGUGAUCAAUAACGAAGACGUUCCGCUUUUGCAAUGGGGUGGAAAGCGUACACGUGCAAGCUUUGAUAAAUUGUUGUCUGCCGAAAUCGAAAAGCAUGGCGAGGUGCGUGUGAGGAGGAUGAUUUUGAAGGACUCAAUUGAAGAGAUGUUUCCUAUUUGGCCGGGUGAAGAUGAUGACCCACAACUUGUUAGGUUGAUAACAUACAUACAUUCAAGUAGAUUUGUGAAAGGUUUGUGGGAAGUGCAGGGGAAUGCAAAGGGGAAGGGGAAUGAGAAGAAGAGAAUGAAGGGUGGAGUUUCGUCAGAAGCUGAGCCACCCACUAAGAAGCAGAAGAAAGUUAAGACACAGAAUGAGUCUGAAGCUGAUGCAGCGGAAAAGGGUUCUAGCGAGAAGGAAGGUAGCAAAGAGUUGGAGUUGGAGAACAAAGCGACUCUAACGACCAUUGUGAGUACUUUGGAUAUUAUUUCCAGAAAAUUUGAUCAGGUUGACUCACGGUUGGAAGCUUACGAGUUAGACCGAAACAUACCAUUGAUGGACCAAAAGACCAUUAAUGACAGGGUGAAUGCUUUACUGGAGGAGCAUCUGAAAGAUCUGGGGAUUGGGAAAAUUCCCGAAAACCAUGAUAACCCCUCUCCACCAUUAUCAGAAAACUCUUUAUCGAUGGCAUCACCGGUGGUUCGAAUGGAUCAGAAUUCUUUCAAUAGUCCAGCGUUAGUAGCUGCGACUCCUAGUAAGGGGUUUGGACCGAAAAAAAAUUUGGCCAAGGAGCUUGAAAAGGAAUCAGGGGGUGAAAAGGACUUUGGAUGA